GGAAAACCAAUUUUCCCGCUUCUCUUCUCCUUCUACAGCUCCAUAAUCGCCCCAAAACCCUGCAAACCCUAACCCUAGAUCGAUCUCCAAUGGCGCCGAGGAAGCGAGCCACCUCAUCGUCUUCUUCAAGAAAACCUAACCAACCCAAUCAGCCAUCGCAGCCGUCCAAGUUCGGAAUCCAACACUUCUUUGAACGCCACUCCCAAUCUCAGAUCGCUGCUGUCUCCUCCACAAACCCUAACCCUAAUCCUGAUCGUCCUGAAUCCACGCUGUCUCCUGGAGAUCAGAUUCAACCCUUGCCCGCCCCUGCCGGUGCCGAUGUAGUCGAGAAUGUGGCUGAGAUCUCGCCGGAGGUCUCUAAAUCGGUGUCACAGAAGCGGUUCAAGUUUUCCCCCGGAAUGCUUAUUAAGCAGAGCCAAGAUGAUGGGGGUGACGAGAUCAGCUGGAAGAUCUCACCUAUGACUGAACGGCUGAAGUCGCUCGCCGAGAAGAAGUUGCCGGAGGCUAUCAAGUUUUCUUGGGAUGCUGCAAGGACGGGUGUUCCUUCCAUUCACUCGUGUUCGCAGAAGCAGAGAACUUCUUGCCCUGUCAGUAAACCAGGGAAGUUGCCUGUUUCCACAACCGCAGUGGAAGCAGUGGCUGGGAAUGAUCAUGUUUCUGAACUCCAGAGCCCAUUUCGUACUCCACCUUCUGUGUCAUGCGGCCCCUGUGAGUCUAUUGGAGGUGUUACCUGCAAUGGCGUUCCAGACCAGGCAGGUUCAUGGCAGCACAGGAAGGCAUUGCUUGAACUUCUGGAUCAAGUGGAGGAUGCCAUCUCUGAAGAAUCUGAUCCCGUGGGUUCCACGAUAUGUACUGACUAUAAUUUGAUCAACAACAAGAUGGAUAUAGAGCCUGAUGCCAUUAAAAAAGGAUUGUUGAGAUCUCCAAUUCAAAAGGUUAUUGGAGGAGAUUGUAGUGAUGAAACUUUUCUUGUAUUGGAGGUCAUGGAGAGGCAUGCAAGUUCAAAUGGGUCAUGUCAUCAUCCUUUCAAGGUUCUCCGUCUGCUUAAUGAACAAACUGGGCAAGAGCGGGCGUUGCAUUUAUGUGAUGAGUGGUUCUAUAGUUUGGUUGGACCAGGUGAUACUAUCAUUGCUAUUGGAGAGUUUGAUGAACAAGGAAAGUGUGUUGUUGACCAUGACAACAAUCUUAUCAUAAUACACCCUGACAUACUUUUAUCUGGAACGCGGGUUGCCUCUAGUUUCAAUUGUCCCAGGCGAACUGUUCUUGAUGAGAGACUUAAGUGCAAUGAACAUUCAACUUCUGCAUUGGUUGGUACCAUGCUGCAUCAGAUCUUUCAGGCUGGACUUCUCAAGGAGUUACCUACUAGGCAAUUUCUUGAAGAAUAUGCUGGAAUAGUUCUUAAGAGAAACAUUGAGAGCCUAUAUUCUUGUGGAGCCAAUGUGGAAGAUGUGUAUUCAACACUUACUGAUGCUAUUCAUAAGAUGUUAAACUGGAUUAGUUGUUUUAGGGCGACAGAGAAAUCAAAAACUGCCAUGGUUGAUUUUGGAGAUUGCAAUAUCCAAAAAACUGUGCACAUCACUGAGGUUUUGGAUAUAGAGGAGAUCGCAUGGGCGCCAAGAUAUGGCCUAAAAGGAAUAAUUGAUGCUUCUGUCCGUACUAAGAUACAUUCAAGUAAUGGUGGUUCAAGCGAGAAAAUAAUGCCUUUGGAGUUUAAGACCGGAAAGCGAACUAGUGGUCAGUCAGCUAUGGAACAUUCUGCACAAGUAAUAUUGUACACGAUUCUAAUGUCUGAGAGAUAUUCAAAGGAGGAUAUUGACUCUGGUCUUCUAUAUUACCUUUAUACUGAUCAGACACGUGGCAUUGAAGUCCAAAGAUCUGACCUAGUUGGACUAAUUAUGCGUCGAAAUGAGUUGGCAACCGACAUUUUGAAGGCAUCUUCUUUCCAGAGAUUUCCUCCUAUGUUAAAGAAUCCAAUCCUGUGCAAAGGGUGCCGCCAGCUUAACUCUUGUAUGAUAUAUCAUAAGGCUCAUGGAGGCAACUCAGAGAGUAGUGGGGUUGGUGAUUUGUUUAACGGCCAUGCAGAACAUCUGACUGUUGCUUAUAGUAACUUCCUCAAGCAUUGGGACAGACUGAUUGACCUUGAAGCUAGAUCAACUCAGGUGGCUAAAAAGGAAUUAUUACUUAGACGCAGUUUUAGGGGAGGAGAUAAUGGCAACAGCAUCUCUUACACUCUUGAUGCCAUGUUUGGUUUUCUGGCAGAUGGACUUCCUAUAAAUGGUAGAUUUAUGUAUCAUUUUGUGCGUCAAAAUUUAUCUGCCUCUAGUGCUGGAAACAUGAGUGGGGAUCAACUGGACACUGUAGCUAGAUCAAGUAACUCAGAUUGCUCUCUUAGAUGUGGAGACUAUGUGAUACUUAGCACGAAAUCUGGGCAUAUAGCAGUUGCAAAUGGAAUCAUAAAAAAUAUUGAUCAAUCUCGUGUUACAAUAUCCCUUUCUCGACGUUUAAGGCUUCCGUGGAGCAAUUCUUCUAUAGAGUUGGAAGACCUUGUCCAAGAAAUGUGGUGCAUUGACAAAGAUGAAGUUUCUUCUUCAUAUGCAAUCAUGAGAUUCAAUAUUGUGCAAUUAUUUGAUAAAAGCUUUAGGAGUUCACACCUAAGGAAAAUGGUUGUUGAUCUUGAGGUCCCUAGGUUUGAUAGUGGGGGGAUAAUUAGUCAAGAUCCAGCCCUAUCAUAUCUUCGUUCAGAAAAUAAUUUGAAUAAGGAUCAAAGAGGAGCUAUUCAGAAGAUACUUUCAGCAAAGGAUUAUGCUCUUGUUCUAGGAAUGCCUGGGACAGGUAAAACAUCUACUAUGGUCCAUGCUGUGAAGGCAUUGCUACUGAGAGGGGGUUCUAUUUUGCUGACAUCAUACACAAAUACAGCCAUUGAUAAUCUACUUCUCAAAUUGAAAGCUGAGGACAUAGACUUUGUCCGCAUUGGAAGGCAUGAAGCCAUUCAUGAUGACAUUCGCGGGCAUUGUUUUUCAGCAUCAGAGACAUGCACUGUGGAAGACAUCAGAGAAAGGAUGGAACAAGUCCGCAUUGUUGGAGUAACUUGUCUGGGAAUAAAUCAUCCUCUGCUUGCCAAUAAAACCUUUGACAUAUGUAUCAUGGAUGAAGCUGGACAAAUUACCCUGCCUGUGUCCUUGGGGCCUUUGAUGCUUGCUUCAACAUUUGUUCUGGUUGGUGACCAUUACCAGCUUCCACCACUUGUACAGAGCACAGAGGCUCGGGAGAAUGGUAUGGGUGUAAGUUUGUUUUGCAGGCUAUCUGAAGCACAUCCACAGGCAAUUUCAGAACUGCAGUGCCAGUAUCGCAUGUCAGCUGGCAUUAUGGAGUUGUCAAAUGCCUUGAUUUAUGGAGAAAGACUACGCUGUGGCUCAGCUGAAAUAGCUAAUUCCAGACUCCAGCUUUCCGGUGACAAGCCAACUACCCUAUGGCUUAAAGAGGUUUUGGAUCCAAGCAGAUCUGUGGUUUUUAUAAACACAGAUCUGUUGCCUGCACCUGAGGUAAAAGAUUACAAACCUGGGAGUAACCCUAUGGAAGCAUAUGUUGUCUCAGAGGUAACUAGAGAAUUGGUGAAGAGGGACAUUUGCUUGAAUGAAAUUGGUAUAAUUACCCCUUACAACUCGCAAGCUAAUCUCAUCCGAAGUGUUAUUGAUGCUUCUGGACUAGUAGAAGUUCACACUAUCGACAAGUACCAGGGAAGGGAUAAGGACUGCAUACUAGUUUCCUUUGUAAGAUCCAGUAGGAAUUCAAGGGCUUGUGCAUCUUCCUUGCUUGGAGACUGGCAUCGGAUUAAUGUUGCCCUCACACGUGCCAAGAAAAAGUUGAUCAUGGUUGGAUCGUCUGAAACACUUUCAAAAAUCCCAUUACUAAAGCUACUGAUUGAAAAGGUGAAUGAGCAGGGAGGCAUCAUCCAUAUCCCAAGUAAAGAUUUUCAACAUGUAGAAUGGCUAAAGAAAUGCAGCCUAAAGAGCGUAUAGUUUGAGCUGAACGAGAGAUGUUUCCUGAACCCUUCUUUUGCGAGGUUUUCCCCGCCCUUCCUGCGCGUGGUGAUCAUGAGGAAAGGUGAAUCUCUUAUGACUGGAGGAAUUCGACUUCGUGCAUCAAUCAUCAGAUCACGCUUGACACGGAAUCUAACAAAUUUUGGAAUCAUUUCUAAUUGCUGAUAAUGGUGAAAUUGUGGAAAGACAGAUAAAUCCAGGCUUCCACGAGUUGUGAGAAUUUUCUAUAAUUUAGCUAUUCUUAAAAGCUGUUGGACUUUUAAGAAUAAUAUUUGCAAUAAUAUAUAUAUAUAUAUAUUAUUGCAAAAGUUUUAUUUGGUUGCUUGGUUUGAAAAAUUGGAAGAGUUGAUGGUAAUGUUGGCAUAAAUUGAUGGAACUCGUGAACUCUUUCCGACCUUCUCGUGAUGUGUCAACCCCGAGUGACAUGUGAACUGGUGGCUUAGCACGGGUAACAUUCAAAGCAAAUCUCAUAGUGAUUCAAUGGCUGUGUUUGCUGUGAGACAUUGAGAAGACAGCCUCAAAUUGUAUUCUCUUGCUUAGUUAAUAUGUGCAUUCCAUUUAUCUGUAACUUCUAUUUCCAGUCA